AUGGCAAGGCGCGAGCGGUUAGACAGGAACAAGAGCCUGGAGAGCCUCCUGGACAUGGACACAACUAAGAGCGCAGGGCCUGCACCAGCGAAGAUGAUCCCCAGCCACGGCCUUGAGUUCAACAACCUUUCCUACAGCGUCAUCAAGAAGCAGAAGAAAGACGGAGUCUGGAUCAAGAAGGAGGCGUACCUACUGAAUGACAUCUCGGGGCAGGCGAUGAGGGGUGAGGUCAUGGCCAUCAUGGGGCCAAGUGGAGCCGGGAAGUCCACUUUCCUUGACGCACUGGCUGGACGAAUUGCACAGGGCAGCCUUGAGGGAUCUGUCAGGAUCGAGGGAAGGCCGGUUACCACGAGUUACAUGAAGAUGAUCUCAUCAUACGUGAUGCAAGAUGACCAGCUCUUCCCUAUGUUGACUGUUUUCGAGACGUUCAUGUUUGCCGCCGAGGUAAGGCUUCCUCCAUCGAUUUCCAGGCACGAGAAGAAGAAGAGAGUCUAUGAGCUCCUCGAGCAACUUGGUCUACAGAGUGCUACUCACACAUAUAUAGGGGACGAGGGUAGGAGAGGAGUGUCAGGAGGGGAACGCAGAAGGGUUUCUAUUGGAAUCGACAUUAUUCAUAAACCCUCUCUGCUGUUCCUUGACGAGCCCACCUCCGGUCUUGAUUCCACGAGCGCUUACAGCGUCGUGGAGAAGGUGAAAGACAUAGCACGAGGCGGUAGCAUAGUCCUUAUGACCAUCCAUCAGCCUUCUUACAGGAUUCAGCUCCUCCUAGACCGAAUCACAGUCCUAGCAAGGGGAAGAUUGAUUUACAUGGGAAGUCCGCUCUCGCUUCCAGCCCAUCUCUCAGGGUUCGGAAGACCGGUUCCUGAAGGAGAAAACAGCCUCGAGUAUCUCCUCGAUGUGAUUAAAGAAUACGAUGACUCAACUGUGGGUCUCGAGCCCCUUGUACUAUAUCAACGAGAUGGCAUCAAACCUGAUCUUGUGGCACGGACCCCAGUUCCCAAGACACCCAAGGGGCCCAAGAUGCCGAAAACACCCCAAACUCCUUAUGGGACCACCUCAGGAUCAAGGUUCAAUCUCAGAUCUCAAACUUAUUCUGCUGGAAAUAGGACCCCAAAAACGGAUUCAGGGAAGUUUGAUUACGAAGAUGAUGAUGAGGACAACUUCGAUAACUCCCUCGAGCGUAAGACAGUCCACACGCCCAUGCACAUGCAGAGUGGAGUAUAUCCGAGAUUGGCGUCCCACUUCUAUAAGGACUUCUCCACGUGGAUCUACCAUGGGGUCAAGGAUGGGGUCAAGGGGACUCCACGCCGCCCUCCCUCGUGGACCCCAGCACGGACUCCUGGUACCAAAACACCGAUGUAUGGGCCGACAAGCCACGUCUCGAGCCAAUACCCGACUCCUCAGUACUAUAACAACAACAGCCAACGUGCUCAUCCUCGCCCCAAAACCCCUGUGAUCUUCAGCCCCUCACCGGAUCCAUAUGCUGUUUCCUAUGAAGAAUUCGAGAUUGAAGAAGCCCUCGAUGCACCUUACCACGGACCGAAGUUCGCCAACCCAUGGGCCCGUGAGGUCAUGGUCCUGUCUUGGCGAACUGGACUCAAUGUGAUCCGAACUCCUGAACUCUUUCUCUCUCGUGAGAUUGUCCUGACAGUGAUGGCCCUCAUCCUAUCCUCCCUCUUCAAAAACUUAAAACACCUCGACUUCGAGACUAUCAACAGGCUUCUCAAUUUUUACAUAUUUGCCGUCUGCCUUGUCUUCUUCUCCUCCAACGACGCGGUCCCGACCUUCAUCCAAGAAAGGUUCAUCUUCAUCAGGGAGACAUCUCACAACGCUUACCGAGCUUCUUCCUAUGUCAUCUCUUCUCUCCUCGUCUACCUCCCAUUCUUCGCUAUUCAGGGCUUCACGUUCGCAGUCAUAACUCAUUAUAUGCUCAAGCUAAACAGCAGUCUCCUUUACUUCUGGGUGAUUCUAUAUGCCUCUCUCAUCACGACCAAUGCUUAUGUUAUGCUCGUAAGUGCCCUGGUCCCAAGCUACAUCACAGGAUAUGCGGUCGUGAUAGCCACCACAGCUCUAUUCUUUCUCACCUGCGGCUUCUUCCUUAAGAGAUCACAUAUACCUUGGACAUGGAGGUGGCUCCAUUACAUCUCCGCAAUUAAAUACCCAUUCGAGGCAUUACUUACAAACGAAUUUAAAGGAACUCACUGUUACAAUGGAAACUUCUCAGAACUCUCACCCGGGCCACUCGGAGAUAUUCGGAUAAGCAAGUUGCAUGAUAUCACCCCGGGCCUUCAAAAGCCUUGCUUGCUCAUUGGACAAGACAUUCUGUUCACAAUGGACAUCACAGAGACACAUAUAUGGUAUGAUGUUGGUAUUCUUCUCGCAUGGGGAGUCCUCUACAGGCUUCUCUUCUACUUGGUCCUGAGAUUCUACUCCAAGAAUGAGAGGAAAUGA